UUGAUCCACCGCGUACACAGAUCAGGUUGACCAUGAGGAAUAAAUUCAAGUUAUUAUUGUUUUUUGUUGGUUUAGUGAGUCCGUCCUUUCAGCAUGGUGGAAAAAUUAGCGGUUCUUUCAGCAGCAGCUACAGUUCGUCAUCUUCGUCUUCAUCUUCUUCAUCCGUCAGUAGCACAUUUUCUGGUACUAUCGGAGACUCACACAUCAAUGAAAUUGGCAAUCUUAUAAAAGGUGGUCCAUACGUAGGCUCAGGAGCAAUCUCAGGUGCUCUUGCUGGUAGUGCUGCAGCGUCUGGUGCCCUUGCAGGUUCUGGAGCAGGAGCUGGUGCAUAUACUGGUGCAGGCAGUGGGGGUGCAGGUGGAUGCGGCAGUGGUAAAUGCCCAAUUAGUGCUGUAGUGGCAGGAAAUUACGUUAAACCUGGAUCUUCCGGGGGUUGUGGAGGUGGUGGAUGCGGUGGAUCAGGAUCUGGAUCUGCUGGUGGAUGCGGAGGCAGUGGUGGAUGCGGAGGAUCUGGUAGUGGAUCUGGAAGCGGAGCUGCAGGUGGCGGGGCUGGAGCAGGUUGUAGUGGAAGUACCUGUGGAGGAUCUUCCACUCAAACAAAAUAUGAUGAUGGAGAAUACGAUGAGAAAAAAUAUGAAAGCAACAAUUACGAUGAUGGUAGCUACAAAGGCGAUGACGAAGACAACUCUGGAAACUACAGUAAUACGAAUAGUGGAGUAAAGGGAUCUCAAGCAAGCGGUACAAUUAAUGUGAGUGUUUCUAGUCCUGGAUCUAAUAACUUGGCAAAAACUGGAGGAUCGUAUGCAGGUGGUUUAGCUGGAUCUAAACCUGGUUGCUCAGGUUGCAAAGGUCCAUUCCCAGGCCCAAACGGAAGUAUUCAUGAUUUCAUACCGGCUAACUCAGUUUCUGGCCCAACCUGGACUCCGGAAGGCCAAGUUGUAAAUAAACCUGUUACUGGCCCAAGUCAAGGACCAAGUGUUACUUCUCCUACUGGAAAUGGAUCUCCAAAUUAUCAACCAGUUCAUCCCAGCAAAUUUCCAGGACCAACGGGUGAUAUCAAUUCAAGCAAACCAGCCGGUACUAUACCACCACAAGGAAGUGGAGUAAAUAAACCUGUACCAGGCGGUGGAAUUCAUUUUGUUCCAAGUCAGUUCCCAGGACCAGCUGGUAGUAUUCACAACAGUAAACCAGCUUCGUCUGUAACCGGUCCAACAUGGACACCUGAAGGCAAUGUUGUCAACAAACCAGUUCCAAGUACUGGAGGGCAUUAUUCAGGAUCUGGUAGUGGUUCCACUUCCAACGCUAAUAAUAAUGCCAAUACUGGAAGCGUAUCUGGAAGUUAUAGUGGGACAUUCCCUGGUCCUACCGGAACAAUAAAUAAACCAACAAAGCCAAUAGCUGGUGCACCCUCUCCUAUUACAACAAUUAUACAAAACGUUCCAUCCCCAAAUUAUAGUAGUACCACAGGCCCUUCUAUUCCCGUAUAUCCUCUUCCAAUUCAACCAAAACCAGAACAGCCUAUAGUUCAAACUACGUAUCCAUCUCAAUCACCAACCGGUACUAUCCCUGUAAAGCCAACUGGUCCAGUAUCUACACCAGCAACAAGUGGAAAUUAUAGCCCCAAACCAAGUGAUUUAUUGCCUCCAGUAACUGGCUCAAUUCCAAGUCUAUGUAAAUAUAUACCACCUGGUGCUCAACCUGGCGCAAGUUGUACUACCACUGGUGCAGGAGUUGGAGGCUUGCAGGAGGGUACUCCAGGUGGUCCAAUCCCAGGAGUUCAUAAUGUUCAACCGGGUUCUCCAGAGAGACAACCAAGUCAACCGAACGUUGGUCCAGCAUGUAAAGAUGGCAAAUCGGGACCUGGCUGCGGACCUGCCCCAGUUAUCAGUGGUGGAUUAAUUGAAGGAACUCCUGGAGGUCCUAUUCCAGGAGUUCAUAAUGUACAACCCAUACAACCAGGACAAUCCCAAACUUAUCAACCAAGCACAAGCCCUUCAUGCAUAUACAACGCAGAUGGGAAACCUGGUCCAGGAUGUGGUAGUGCUCCCGUAAUUAGUGGUGGUUUAAUAGAGGGAACCCCGGGAGGCCCAAUUCCGGGAGUACAUAAUGUACAACCGGGACCUUCCCAACCCUCUCAUCCCAUUGUCGGACCAGUAUGUAAAUAUACUCCUGGAGGUAAGGUAGGGUCAGGGUGCUCAUCACCAUCCUCUGGAGGUUUAAUUGAAGGAACUCCUGGUGCGCCAAUUCCUGGUACACAAAUUGUUUCUCCUGGAACCCCAUCAUAUCCCAAACCUCCUGUUACUGGACCUUCAUGUAGUUAUAUUAAGGGUAAACCCUCUGCAGGCUGCGGAGGACAACCCGGUAUAAUUGAGGGCACUCCAGGAAGUCCGGGUACUGGAAUACCCGGUAUAUUCCCUGGACCAAAUGGUAGCAUUCACAGCAGUAUACCAGCUACUUCCGUUACUGGCCCAAUAUGGUCACCCGAUGGAGAAGUAAUUAAUAAACCCACAGGGGGGUCAGAUGGAUACGCUACAGGAAGUGUAGCAGUGCAAAAACAGCCUGGAUCUGCUUUUAUUCCGGUAGUUUCUUCGGGUCCAUCUGACGGCCCAAUUGUGUAUAAAGACAAAUCUAAUGAUUAUCCACAAACGGGACCUAACGUACCAACUCCAGGUCCCUCACAAGGCUCUAAUAUUGUAUUUACGGAACAAAAACCCACAAGUGGAGGAGGUUUUGGAGGUUCUUAUUCCUUUAGUUCAUCAGGACCAAACGGUAAUGCUGUAGUUCAUCCAGAUGGAACUGUUACUUUCUCUAAGGAUAAAUCAGGAACGGCUACAGCAAACCAAGGAAAUAAUCCUGGAUUUAUUGGGGGAGGUUCAUUUUCUAAUGGAGGGGGAGGAAUUACUGGAGGAUACGGUGGAGGUUUUUCCAAUUCUGGCUCCGGAUUUGCAACAGGUUCUGUCACAAUUCAAAAACCAGAUGGUUCCAUUACUCACGGGGAAGAAGGCGAGAAGUCUGGAAGUGACGGAAUAGCUAUAGAUUCUGCUUAUGGAUCUGGAGGAGCUGGAGGUGCUGGAGGUGCAGGAGCUGCAGGAGGUGCUGGAGGUGGUGCUGGAGGUGGUGCUGGAGGUGGUUCUGGAAGUGGUACUGGAGGUGGUACUGGAGGUUCUUACGGAUCUGGAUUUUCAGGAAGCUUUUCAGGAAGUGGAUCCGGAAGUGGAUCGUUCAGUGGUCCAUUUGGGGUACCAGGUUUCGCAACGGGCUCCGUCCUUAUUACAAAACCUGACGGUUCAAUAAGUCAUGGAAAUGAUCAUGGUUCAGGUGGAUCUUAUGGAAGUAGUGGAUCUUAUGGUUCAGGUAAUGGAGGCGGCUUCGGUUUCGGUGGUGGUUCAGGUGGGUUUGCCGGUGGAUACGGAGGAUCGUAUGGGGGCGGCUCAGGUUGCUCCGGAGGAUGCGGUGGUAGCGACCCACAAAAAGUGGUGUCUAAUUUGUUAAACAACCUGUUUGGUAAUAUUGGAGGAUUUGGACAGUCUGGUUCAUUCUCUAAAGGAGGAUCAUAUAGUUCAAGUUUUUCAAGUUCUGGUUCAGGAUCAUAUUCAAAGUCUGGACGUUUGUAUAAGUGAUAUAUUUAAUUUAAGAUACUUAUUUUCUACAUGCUUUGUGAUUUUAUAUUUAAUUAAUUAAAUUAAGUUAAACCAU